GCAGGUAGCUAGCUAGUAGCUAGGCAGUAGUAACCUCUCUUAGCUUCCUGAUCGCUGGCAGCCAACGAUCUGUUGCCAUGAGAUGGAUAGUAGCUCUGUUGCUUCUCACCCUCCUCGUUACCUUCCACAUAGCCCAAGCCGAUGACAAGUCGUCCGGGGAUAAAGAACAUGGUUCUGAUUCCAAGGAUGGCAAUGGUCCAAACUCACAGAGGGAUAAGGGAGGUGAUGAAGAGCAAGGCACCAGCAAAGGCGACAGCAAUAAUGGGGUUGGGCCGGUGAAAAACCCGCAUUGCCAAAAGCCAGGGCGAGGCCCGGAUCCGCAUGAUGACGGUCAUGGGCCUCCAAAGAAAGGUGAUUGUGGUGAUGGCCAAGAUUCCUCAUCACCGCCCGAUGACUCGUCAGGGCCACCACAAUCUACUGCUCCAUCCAAGCCACCAACUAGCACUUCACCUCCACCACCAUUGAGUCCACCCGCUACACCUCCAACCUAUAGCCCACCAUCUCCAAUGCUUCCUAGUCCACCUCCACACCAAGCUACACCACCACAACUAUCUAGUUUUCCUCCACCACCUUCAAGUACUGCCACCACACCUCCAAUGUACCCGCCAAAUAACCAUGCACCCAUGUCGCCCUCUAGCCCUCCUACCAUGCCUCCGUACAAAUCUCCCAUGCCACCACAAUCUAUUUCUCCAGCCAACAACUCUCCUUCACCGCCACUAAGUCCACCCACUGCACCUCCAACCUAUAGUAAACCACCUCAACCUAGUCCACCUCCACAUGAAUCUACACCAUCACAACCAUCUAGUUCCCCUUUACCACCUUCAAGUACCCCAACCACACCAACAAUGUAUCCGCCAAAUAACCCGCCACCCUUGAUCCCUCCUACCACGCCUCUAAACCAAUCUCCCCAAUCACCACAACCUAGCUCCCUAGCCAAUCCUCCAAUCAACAUUUCACCAUCACCGCCAUUGAGUCCACCUAUGACACCUGUAUCCUAUAGUCAACCACCUUCAUCACCAUCGAGUUUCCCUGCCUCACCUCCACAACAUCCUCCAACUCCACAACAAUCUAGUCUAUCUCCAUUAUCUUCAAGUACCCCAGUCACACCUCCAACAUAUCAACCAAAUAAUAAGCCACCUCCACCACCAUCUAGUAACCCUGGUGCAGAACCACAACAAUCUCAAGUGCCACCACAAUCUAGUCCAUCCGCUAAAGCUCCAACUAACCAUUCACCUCCACCACUUUUGAGUCCACAUGCCAUGUCUCCAUUGUAUAUGCAGCCACCUCAAUCGCCAUAUGUUCCCUCUACCACACCUCCACAUCAGUCUUCAAUGCCACCACAAACAAGUACCACUACCACACCUCCAACACAUGAACAAAAUAACCAAUCACCUCCACCAUCAUCUAGUCCUUCCUCUAUGACUUCAAUCUACAAUUCACCUCCAAUGUUAAGUCCAUCUUCCUCGACACCAAGCUAUACCCAACCACCUUCGUCACCAUCUAGCCCCCCUAUCACACCUCCACAACAAUAUCCACCAUCACCACAAUCUAGUCCAUCUCCAACACCAAUAGGUAUUCCAUCCACACCUCCAACAUAUCAGUCAAAUAACUCUCCACCUCCUUCACCAUCUAGUACUCCUACCACACCACCUCAACAAUCUCAACCACCACCACAAUCUAGUCCACCUUAUAUGCCUCCCCUAAGCCAUGCACCUCCAUAUCCUUCGAGUCCCCCUAGCUCACCUCCACAACAAUCCCCAGUACCACAACAACCUAUUCCAGCCCCAACACUACCCAGUACCCCUUCAACACCUCCAACAUACCAACAAAAUAAUAAAUCACCUAUAGUACCAACUAGUACUCCAACACCUCCAUAUCAAUAUGCACCACCAAAUCCUAGUCCACCAUCUAUGCCUCCAUCUAGUUAUUCGCCUCUACCACCCUUCAGUACAACUGCCACACCUCCAACCUAUACCCAACCACCUCCAUCACCCUCUAGUCCUCCUACUAUGCCUCCAAUCUAUCAAGCUAAUAAUAGUCCACCUCCAUCACCAACUACUCUAUCUACUUCACCUCCAACUUAUCAAACCAAUAACCAACCACCAUCACCACCACUUCUUAGCCCUCUUACCACACCUACUUCACCAGGCUACAUGCAACCUCCACUAGCACCUGGUGCCCCUACUACACCUCCAACCGACCAAGAUCAUGUCCAGACACCCCCAUCAUAUGGUGUCCCAGAUGGACCCAAAGGAUGGCAACAAAUAAACAACUUCCAUGAUGGCUUGUAUUGGCAAAUUGGAAUAUCUAUUGUGCAACAAUUAUCAAAGAAUAACAAGUAUUAUAUUCUUGUGGAAAUUCUUCGAGUGAGCAUGAUGUCUGUAGACGUUGGUAACAACUACUUCCUGGUGAUGAAAAUGGAAGAUGAAUACAAGAAGGUUGGAAGGUAUCAUGCAUUUGUGUGGGGUGUGCCACAACAACCAGAAUUUCCAUGGAAAUUGUUGUCAUUCCAGUAUGUUGGAAACUAAUGUCAUUGUGCUUGGCAUCCAUGAUCAUACCAACAGAUGUUUAGGAUACAUCAUACAACUUGUGUUAGUUUCCAUGUUGUAGUUUGUUUUGAUGUCACUCUAUUGUUGUACCAUGGCUUUGAUUUUCUAUAUGGUGGUUAGAUUUUAAUAAGAACUAUGUUGCUUUCAUUAGUAAA